GUUAAAGGUAUGAGCCACCAUGCCCAGUGAAAGAAUAGAUUCUUUUCCCAGAGUUUAGGAGCCAGCAUGGCUGUGUGCUCUGGCCACUUCUCAGUGUUGUAGCAGAGCUUCCAGUGGUAGCACUCAGGCAGGAGAAAGAACUGGAGCUGCCAUGGAGACAGUGCAAGUAGUUAAGUACUUCCUGCAGGAGCCUGACCACCUGAGUUCUAUCUCAGGUACCCAAGGGAAAAAAGGAGAUGGCUCACUGGGUAAAAGUGCUUGCUCCCAAGCCUAAGGGCUUGAGUUCAAUCCCCAGCACCUACAUGGUGGCUCACAAGCAUCUGAAAGUCCAGAUGCAGGGGAUCCAAAGCCCUAUCCUGGCUUCUUCAGGCACCAGGCAUCCAUGUGGUGCACAUACAUAAAGGCAAAAUAUUCAUACAUAUGGCAAAAGAAGUUUUUUGUUCGUUUGUUUGUUUUUAGUUAAACAAAUCAGCCAGGUGGCAGUGGCACAUACCAGCAUUCAGGAGGCAGAGGCAGGCGGAUCUCUGUGAGCUCAAUGCCUGCCUUAUCUACAGAGUGUGCUUGAAUCUACAGAGGCAUGAGCUGGGUGCAGGUCAACUUGCUGGCCCGAGGCCUCUCUAGGGGCUGGGGAGGCAUCUGCACGACUGCCCUCUCAGGAACUCCCUUUGCUCAGGUGUCUCUCCAGGCUCCACGAGGCCUCCACUGUAGUGCAGUUACACACAAGGAUGAGGUGUGGUUGGUUCCUCGACCCCCCGGCCCCCAAAGGAAGCCCAUGAAGGUUCCAGUAAUGCAUGAAGACCUGUUCAAGCCAUCAGGAAACGGGGAGCAGGACAAGGCAAGCUUCCUGAAUGCAGUGCGCAGCUUUGGGGCGUAUAAUGUGCGCAAGCGCGGCCAUGUGGACUUCAUCUACCUAGCACUGCGCAAGAUGCCAGAGUUUGGUGUGGAGCGGGACUUGUCAGUAUACAACCUGCUGCUGGAUGUUUUCCCCAAGGAGGUCUUCCGGCCCCGUAACGUUAUCCAGCGCAUCUUUGUCCACUACCCACGGCAGCAGGAGUGUGGAAUCGCUGUCCUGGAGCAGAUGGAACGACACGGAGUCAUGCCCAACACAGAGACGGAGUUCCUGCUGAUUCAGAUAUUUGGGCGCAAAAGUUACCCCAUGCUCAAGUUCCUGAGGAUGAAGCUGUGGUUCACCCGAUUCAAGAAUAUCAACCCCUACCCAGUGCCCCGAGAUCUUCCCCAGGACCCUUUGGACCUGGCCAAGCUAGGCCUGCAACACAUGGAGCCUGAUCUUAGUGCUAAGGUCACUGUCUACCAGAUGUCUUUGCCCAGUGACUCGACAGGCAUGGAAGAUCCCACACAGCCUCACAUUGUAGGAAUCCAGAGUCCAGAUCAGCAAGCUGCCCUGGCCCGCCACAACCCAUCCAGGCCUGUUUUUGUUGAGGGCCCCUUCCCUCUCUGGCUUCGUAAUAAGUGUGUCUAUUAUCACAUCCUAAGAGCUGACCUCCCACCUCCUGAGGAAGAGAAAGUAGAGGAGAUCGCAGAAGAAUGGAACCUGUACUACCCACAGAAGCUGGACCUGGAAUAUUCAAGGAGUGAUUGGGACAACUAUGAGUUUGACGUGGAUGAAGUGACAGAAGGCCCUGUCUUCGCAAUGUGCAUGGCUGGUGCCCAUGAUCAGGCAACAUUGGUCAAGUGGAUCCAAGGCUUGCAGGAAACCAACCCAACCCUGGCACAGAUCCCAGUGGUAUUCCGCCUGGCCAGGUCCACGGGGGAGCUCCUGACAACCUCAAGGCUGGAGGGACAGUCCCCUCCCCACAGUCCUCCCAGGGGUCCUGAGGAAGAUGAGGCCAUUCAGGCACAGCAGCAGCAGGGUCAAAGUUGAGUCAGCUGGCAUGAGGAGGAAAGACUGGACUGGUAUGAAAUAAUAUGAAGAAAAUAAAAAAUCAAAACUUCUUUCCUG